CUGCGAGAAGGCCCAGGCCCAGAAUGACGCGGAGAACAUGCUCCUUGUCCGACUUUUCAUCUCUCAUCGCUGCCCCACUCUACUAUGCCAUGCCCUUCCCACGUGAGUAUCUGCUUCCGCCAUGGGCACCUCCACUCCCUACCAGAAUUUCUGAACCGCCAUACCGGCGUCACAACAAGUCAUCGAUUCCCACCUCCACACUCACCCCAUCUACACCAUGGCGUCCGUGUUCAAGGCGACCGAGUCGCUCCAGAAGAAGAGCAAGGGCAAGAAGCGUGCCGCUGCCGACGAGAAGGCUGGUGUCGUCGAGAAGAAGCGCAAGGACAAGGUCCUCCUCCUCUCGUCGCGCGGAGUGACGCAGCGCAUGCGCCAUCUCAUGGCCGACCUCGAGGCGCUCCUCCCGCACACGAAGAAGGACUCCAAGCUGGACUCCAAGUCGUCUCUUCACCUCCUUAACGAGCUCGCCGACCUUCACUCAUGCUCAAAUGCCCUCUACUUCGAGGCGCGCAGGCACGAAGACCUCUACAUGUGGGCGUCGCGGACACCCAACGGGCCGUCUGUCAAGUGCCACGUGCAGAACAUUCACACGAUGGACGAGCUCAAGAUGACGGGUAACUGCCUCAAGGGCAGCCGUGGAAUUUGCGUGUUUGACGGCGAAUGGGACACUAAGGAGGAGUGGAAGCUCAUGAAGGAGCUGUUCUCUCAUAUCUUCUCCGUACCCCGGACCUCGCGCCGGCUCAAGCCCUUCAUCGACCACAUUCUCGUCUUCAGCAUCCUCGACAACCGCAUCUGGUUCCGCAACUACCAGAUUAUCGAGAAGGACCCCCUGCACCCUUCGGGCCCUCCCCAGACGUCGCUGGUCGAGAUUGGCCCUCGUUUCGUGCUCACCCCUAUCCGCAUCUUCGAGGGUUCGUUUGGUGGGCCGACCGUGUUUGCAAACCAGGAGUUUGUGACGCCAGCAGCGACGCGUGCGAGCAUCAAGCGCGAGGCUGGGCAGAAGUACCGCGCGCGCAAGGCGGUCGAGGACGAGCGCGAGGACCGUGUCAAGCGUAUCCGGGCCGAUGUUGGGGAGGACGAGCUCGCUGUAGACAAGGUGUUUGCGUAGGCGAUUCAUGUAUAGUACGAGAUGCAUUAGGGUUAGACUCCCACGGUCG